AUGUCUGGAGACGACAGCCCCCUGUUCCUCCCCUCUUCUCCCCCUCCCCAUCUAUCCAGGAGCCCUGAUGCUGAAGUGCCGAUGCUGGUUCAGAGAGCGCAAGGCGUUGAAACUCUGAGCCCGGCAUUUGACAACUUCCUUGUCUCAUACAAUCAUGCAUUUUUUGAUCUCUUCGAGCGCCAAAUCGAACUGAUCAAAUCCCGUUCGCAGGCGUUCAAAGAUGGCCACGUCAGUGUCUUCGACAAGGUGUUGUUGAUUCUCACAGAGAAUGGAAACAAUCUGAACAACCCGGCAGCGAUCAGCUUCUAUAGCAAAGAGUAUCUGAACAUCGAUAUCAGCGCCUCUGCUCAGGAAGUAACAUCAAGGCUCCAGCAGACUGUGGAAGUUUCACAGGCGUUGCGUCAAGUGGCUGCUUAUCUGAUGAACCUGGUUCCAGAACUGUCCUUGGAUAAGACCAAUAUGGUUCAGAGAGGAUCUAGGGCUCUAGGUCAAAAUCCUGCUCGACUAUUUCCCGUCAACCCAAACCUACGCAAGGACAUGGAACCCAGAUUGGCAGUGCUGUGGUCCGUGUAUGAGACUGCCCGAGCAGAGUAUCUCGCCGUACUCGAUAAGAACGACAAUGAAAUGGCAAUCAAGAGAGCCAAAUUCCUCCGUGACACGGCUGAAAACAUCCUGCUAUAUCUCGAGAACAGAAAUGCUGAUCCUCUGAUGGUCGCGGAGCUUGAAGGAACAUUUAAUCAUGCCAAAAACACCGUUGUUUGCUUGACUGGUGGCAAGAAACGCAAAUUCGAUAAAUCAGACAUGGAUCAAGUCAAGGGCACGCCGCGUGGACCAAGUCUGCCGUUCAGGAAGUUGAGAUCCCGUGGGGGUGGUGGAGUCGGCGAUGCAGCUGCUUACAAGCGUCCUCAUCGUCCAGAUACUUCAAGCGGCCAUACUGGCGAGAUGAAAAGCUCUUACGGAUGGGGCAGCUCUGAUCUCCCCAGUGGAUAUGGCCAGCCAUACCGGGCAAGAUACCCUGACCCAUACCGGUACCAAGAGCGCGGCCCACAUCCUUCCGAGCAUGCUAGCGCACCAGCAAGAGACUACGAACGCGGUUAUGACAAUGACGAGGCAGGAUACAGCUUAGGUAUUGGCUCAUACAAUGCCUCCGUUUCCAACAGCUACCAGGAUCGCGGCGUCAGCGACGACUGCGCAACUGGAAACCCAUCGGACGAACGCGCCUCCUCAGAGUACUCGGAGUAUCUGGACACGAUUGAACGCGACCGCGAGCAGCAGCACGGAAACACGACUCGCUCCAAAUCAGCAUCUCGAAAGCGCGACCCACCACGUCGAGAAGACCAAAUGCGAGACCAAAGCCGUCAUCGUCGACGCUCGAGGUCGCCAGCAAAUGAUCGAGGACACUUCGACCACCGGGCAUACCCCCGCGACCGAAAAUACGAGCAGGAGCGCGACAGAGACCACCACCGCCGAGCCAGCGCGAGCAUUGGCGGACGUCCCCCAAAGUUCCCUCCCUUGACCACCGGCCGUGGAUAUGGACACAGCUACGGCUCGGUUCUCUACGGCUACGACUAUGCCAACGCCAGGGCCAGGCUGGUUGAUUCGUACGUGCCUAGUCGAGAUCGCAGUCGUACUCGCAGCCGCAGCCGCAGCCGCAGCCACAGCCACAGCCACAGUCGCGGCCGUGGUCGACGUCGCUCUUAG